CAUAAUUGUAUUUUAAUAUUCAAUAAUGGAGAAACAUAGGGUCUUGGUUGCGGAAGACGAUCCUUUUCAGAGAAUGUCUAUUGUGGAUAUAUUACAGAUGUCUAAUUAUGACGUAACUUCAGUGGAGAACGGCAAGCAAGCUCUUGAGCAUUUGGGGAUUAAGUUUACUAAUCAAGGGAGCACUCAGCUGACAACUCACUCCGGAGAAGAUUCUUUCUCCAGUUCUCAAGGAGGGAAGGAGAGUUUUGACCUGGUGCUCUUGGAUUUACUCAUGCCUGAAAUGACUGGAAAAGAGGUUCUUGAUGUUAUGAUGUCAGAUCCUGUUCUUAGUAAUAUCCCUGUAGUUGUCAUGAGCUCGAGGAACGAUAAGAGUAUCAUUUCUGAAUGAUUGGUCACAGGUGCACGAACUUUUAUAGUCAAACCUCUUAGAGCACAAGAGGUUAGAGGAUUCGAGUCUUACAUAAAAGAAGAAAAGUCAACUGAAGGUGAUCAAAAUAUGAGAAAUUACAAGUCAAUCAAAAAUCUGGGCCACGGGUCGGCUGGUAGUGUUGAUCUAGUAGAAAAUAUAGAAACAGGAAAUCAAUAUGCUUUAAAAACUAUUGCUUUGGCUAACAUGAACCAGAAGGAAAAGGAAUCUGCAUUGUCUGAGAUUCAUUUCUUGAAGGUUCUAAAGGGUCCUACAUUAAUAAAAUCCUAUCAAUCUUAUGUAGAAAAAGACAAGAUAAUGAUUUUCAUGGAAUAUGCAGAAGGAGGGACACUUGCAGAUAAGAUUUUGGAAUAUAAACUUGCAGGAGAAGCCUUUGACACUGACACUAUUAUCAACUGGAUCUCCCAAGUGAUCCUUGGAGUCAUGCUCAUGCACUCCAAGAAUAUAUUACAUAGAGAUCUUAAGAGUCAGAACUUAUUUUUAAUCUCUGAUGGGACUAUAAAGAUAGGUGAUUUUGGGAUUUCAAAGGAAUUACCAAGCAUCGAUUCGCUUGCAAAAACUUCCUGUGGAACUCCGUACUUUAUGCCUCCGGAGGUAUGUAAGGGAGAGCCUUAUGGUGAGAAAAUUGAUAUCUGGGCGAUUGGUUGUAUCCUUUACGAGCUUGUUUUCUUUAAGAAACCUUUUGAAUCCAAGACGAUUUAUGGAGUCUUUGAGAAGAUUAUCAAUACUCCUUUGGAACACACAUAUGAAGAAUGUGACGAAAACAUCAGGAUGUUGUUAAUGGCUCUUCUAGAUAAGGAUCCUUCAAGACGGCCGAGCAUUUGGGAGCUGGCCAAGACAGACAUCAUCAAGUACUAUAUUAACCAGUUUGUAAAUGAGAGGGGACUCCACGAAGAAGUAGCCACUGUUUUCGAAUGAGAUAUGAACAAUGAUGACCCUCUCAGUUCGACUAUUCUUAGUGACUCAAAUACUUUUGACACUGGGAGACUUGACAUUAUGGCUCAUUUUAUCCGAAUUGAUAUUCCAUUGGAGGAAAUCAAGAGUGGCUGGUUCUCUAAAAUUAAGAAUCUCGGUUCUGGCUUUGAUAUUCUUAAUUGGAUGAGAGACAAAGUUGAGGCUGAUGAAGACAGAGCCUUGAUGCUGUGUCAGAAAAUGAUGGAUCAUGGCUAUAUUGCUAGAAUUGACGAAGAGCAGAGCUUCUCACCCCUGAAUAUGGUUUACUAUCAAUUUUACGAAGAUAGAGAUAAUCUUGCAGCAAAUAUGCUAAGGCCAUAUUAUGGUGAGCCUUUAAAUGCUAUUGAGGUGUCUCUGGAGCUAGUCAAAAAUGCUGAAGAGGUUUAUAGAGAAGCUAUCGUAGAAACAGAUACUGGGCAUAAGAUCGUGGCUGAACGAGCUCUAAUUUCACAGCAUUAUGAGCAUUAUAUAUGUAAUGUCGGGAAAUUAUCAAAAGUUGAGCUCAAGUUUUAUGGUCCUGAAGAAGCAUAUUGAUUCUUUUUGAAUGUGUAUCAGUGAAUGUACAUUCAUUGCUUCUUAAAAUAUCUAAAACCUCAUCAAGAUGAGAUGGAGCAAUCAGGAUCUUUGUUUUCGAAUUUGAGAAGCUUCAUGGGAAAUUCAGACAACAAAGAAAUGUUCUAUCAAAUUGGCGAUUUUCAAUUUACUCUUGAUGAACUGAAGCAUGGAGUGAUCAGAGGUAAUAGGAAGAAGCCUGGGUCAAUUCUCAAGACCUUCAACGUCAAUGAUAUGAAAGCUCAGUUCAUUGAUGAAGAGCAUUACGAUAGAAGAGCUAUUUUCCUAUGCCUUGACCUGCCUCAAGUUCUAGAGCACAUAGCAUGGUUUGAUGGUGUGACAUCAAUGGACGAGAACUAUGAUCCUUACUUGAAGGAGUUUCUAAACUCCAAGGUGGCAUUUGAUCCUAUCACUAAGGAGCUUACAUUGCCAAAUAUAUUUGAGACUUAUUAUUAUGAUUUCGGGAAUUCAAAUGAGGAUAUUAUUAAAUUCAUCUGGAAUUGGUUUGAGAAUACAGACUACUCUUGCGAACAGGUCUUGAAGUUGUGAAAGUCUGACCUAAAGCUAAAUUUCUACCCAAUGGUGGAAUACAAUAGCUUUUAG